UGUCAGUAAAUGUCAAAUUAGUAUCUAUCAAAGUUGUAUCAAAGAAGCAAGCCGGGUGUUUCUUUAUUGUUUAUUUAUCAAAAAGCAAUAAAACGAGGGAUCAAAAAUGAUUAAAAUAUCUGCCUUGAACGAGGAAUCGGAAGAGGAAAGUGGAUCCGAGGAAGAAGUCACAAGAGAAGCGUCUGAACAGAUAGCAUUGCAGCAGUAUGCAAACGCACUCGAACUUCAAAGAAAAGGUAAUCUUAAGGAUGCCACUCAGUUACUUAGGGAUCUACUUGAUACAGAACUAUUGUACGAAGUUCAAAAACCCGCGCAAGGUGAGAAAGUGCCUGGUCCCUUGUUUAAUUUAAAGUAUUUGUCUUAUAAAAACCUGGCGGCUAUGCUGACAGCAUCAGAGGAAGUAGACGCCGCUAUCGAGGCGUAUUGCGCUGCGGCUGAGUUAGACGACACUGAUGUCACUCUAUGGCACCGACUUGGGCAGCUUUGUAUGCGCACUAAACGCUAUGAAAUGGCGCUCCAUGCUUUUCAACGCGGCGCUGAACGCAAUCCUCGUCAUUGGCCUUGUUUAGAUAAGAUCGUCACACUCCUACUCGGCCUGGAUUAUAAGGAGGAAUGUAUUUCAACCAUACAUGACACUCUGCAGUUGGACCCUGGGUACCUACGCGGUCUAGCAUAUAGAAAACAUAUUUACACUGUGUAUCCUUACAUAAAAGACUUCAUGGAAUAUCUGAAUCCUAUUUACAAAUGGGAUGAAAAGGAUGAUGAACCAUUUGAUGAGGAAAAGGCCAAGAACCUCAUAAAUGAGGCAGAAAUGAUCCAUGACACAUUUAUUGAGCAACAGAAAGCUGAGCAGUUCAAAUAUGUCCUACCUGAAUUAAAAUUAGUCAAACCUGUAAGCAGUCUAAGUUGGAAAUCAGUUGGAGAUUCCUUGGUUCAUAUGCAUCACUAUAUGUCUGAGAAUUGUUACAGUCAUGCAUGCAAAGUAGAAAUGGUUUAUGAAAAGGAAGAUAUGGAGAAACAAGAACCCAUGGAGGUGUGUGAGGAGCCAAUGGAAGUAGAACAGAAACCUGAGGAAAAUAAAGUUGAAGAAGCUGUGGUAGAACCAGAAAAGAAUGUUGAAAAUGUGUCAGAGAAUGAGAACAAUGACUUAUCAGACAAAGACAAAACAGCCACUGAUACAGAGAAAGUUGAGAGUGAUGUUGAAAUGGUGGCAGAAAAUGCUGAGAACCCUGCGGACAAUAAACAACAAAAGAAAGCCCCAGUGAGAAGAAGAGGCAGCGCACUAAGUUUCCUAGAAAUGUGGGAGUGGUGUACUAAACGGAGAUCUGGACGGAAAAAGCCUACAAAUAAACAAGAACAGGAUGACAAUAUCUAUGAAACUCUUAGGAGAAUGGUACCAAUUUCUUUAGUACCGGAGUUGGUUGAGAAAAAAGAAAACCAAGCUCGAGAAACAUCACCGGAUGUGACAGACCUGGAUAAACUAUUUGAGGCAAAAGACAAACCUGAAGAACCUGAAGUACCUGAAAUAAUAUAUUUUGGAUCUGAAGAUGAACAGAAAGAUGUUAAAAACUUUAUUAAUCAGUACACAGAACAGAAAAAGGAUAUAAUUGAUAUUUUAAAUGAUUUCCUGAAUAUUUUGGCAUGUAAAUGGCGAGAGAAAUGGCCCAAGGGACUCUCAGAAGUAUUUAUUGAAGCUAACAAGUGCUAUCUUAACCACAUUGAUAUUCCUACAUGCACCAGUGACAAUGAUGAUGACUUAUUACAUUUCACAACUGUUAACAUCUUGGCAGAAGAGUUCUUAGUUAAUGAAAAGUUGAACAAAUCUCCGGGAGAAGAAGAGAAACACGAACUGAGUGUGAUUGAAACUGUAGGCAUUAUAUUGAGUUUAAAGCCAAACAUUUUCAAAAGCUCUGACUGUUUAGAUUUUACACUGCGCUAUCUCUGGGUAAAACUACACACUCAACUUUUGAAUAAAUGUAAUGAGUUUGCUUUGGACUGUUUAUACCAACUUGUUUAUGAAUUUGAAGCUAUGGGUGAACACCAUGACACAUACAAUCUAGAUAUAGUCAAUUUCACAUAUAAACCAAAAAUUAAUGAGAGUGAAGUCUUAGCUGCUAUAAAGGACCUUGAGAGAAAUGAGAAGCUUUCAACUGUUAUGGAACUAUGUGACAAAGGGAACUUUGAAGAAGUAUUAUCUAUAGUGAUUGAUAGUUUUGAACACUGCAAAGCAAUGGCUAAAGUUGAAGAACCGGUGGCUUUAGACUUUGCAGUACAUUUGGCUGUGAUACUGGACACAUAUUGGGCUUUAGACAGACCAGAAGAAUGUUUCAAGUGGUCUCUCAUUUGUCUACAUGAAGCUCUAAAUCACUACUUUAGAUUUACGACAGGAUCUCAAGAAUAUGAUAAAUGGACCCUGACAGUUGUUAAGAUACUGUGUUGUAUGGAGCACAUACUUACAACAGAAGGUUUAACAUGUCUGGACACAGUGUCGCAAAAAGAACUGAGUCAGGGUCUGGAAGAUCUCAUCAGAAUAAUUGGACAUCAGGUGGAGACUAAUGCUGCUGAAAUGCCCUUCGGUACUGUAGUCCCAUGGAUCAUUGUACACUACAUAUUACAGAGAGAGGAGGACCAAGGAAGAGCCAGAAUAGAUAACGACAAAGCUGCGAGUGAUGAGGAUGUUCCUAACCCAUUAAUGGUAUUAUUCAUUGCACAUGAACAGCUAGGGAAGAGAGGCUGGUGUUGUAAGUCUGAAGGCAAACUGCUGUACUUUACCUUAGACACGGUAGUUCCAAGGUUGCGGUCACCUUCACUGGCUAAAUCUCUAGAGCAGGUGGUACAAUAUAUGGAGCAGUGUGUGUUUUGUUUGUUUGGGCACCCUGGAAGGAAAAACAAAUUGAAAUACCUUGUAGAUCAUAAUGUACCACCAUACACUUUAGAUUGGAAAAGAGCGCAACAAGUGUAUGAGAUAUUCAGACCUCCAACAUUGCCAGCACUGGAGGGCAAGUUGCCCGGCAUCACUGCUGACACUGAGCAGCUGUUCCACAAAAUACUUGCUCUGCUUCCGCCUGAAUGUGAUCCACAGAAAUACCUUCCAGACAUCGACAGAUACAUUAAAGGCUUGGAAGAUAAAAUGCCUAACGCUCCAUCUCUACUACCAUAUAAAAUGAAGGAUAUUUACUUCUUGUUGGGAGAUUAUUAUUACAAAAGAGAGGAAAGCAAGUUAGGUAUAAAGUUCAACAUGCUCGACGUUGCUCUGAAUAACGACAGAGUUGAAUCAUGGGCACGUAUAUCUUUGGCUAAAAGUGUAAAUUUAGAAAGAAUGUUGAAUUCCUGUAAAAAUCUCAAUCAUGAAAGAGAAUUUCUAAACCCUGCAAAAUCCGUGAUACGAUGUUACAAGAGAUGUAUGGAGCUGGAUCCUACCUACUGCAAUAUGUGGACAGAAUAUGGCAUGUUCGCAUAUUACGUGCACUCGUUCUGUUCUCGAGUCCUGAAACAAGCGAGUGAAUCUCUAAGCAUGGAAGAUUUUGAGUCUUUAGAAAAACUGAAGGAAGACAUGUUAGAUAUAACACAUAAAAGUUUCAUUACCGUGCAGAACGAACUUAACAAUAGUUCGGAAUCUGACAAAGUAAAUGAUGAGUCGUGGCUACACUUCUAUAUGUUGGGGAAAGUGAGUGAGAAACGUAAUAAGCCACCAUCGGUAUACUUGGAUUACUAUAUGAAAGCCGUAAAAAGUUUACAAGAAAGCAACGCGACGUAUCCUUCGAAGAUUAAUUACAAUACGCCAACACACUUAUGUGUAGAAGUAUUAGAGUUACAUUAUCGGAUCCACGCGACUAUAUUGAAGUACAUAGAACAACACGAGAGCAAACCAAUCCCUGCAUCAGUAGGUAAGGUAUUCUCCACGUGUAUUGAAGAGUGGAAAAAAGGUCCGUUUACAAGAAAGCCUAAAAAGGACGGUGCUGUAGAAAUGGAAACGAACACUGAACCUAAACCCGCGGAACCUGUUCACGCAGCUAAUAUUCUCAAACGGUCUAUUAGCGACGCUGGUGAAGAAGAAUCUCAUGAGGCCAAAAGACUAAAGAUGGAAGCAGCGGCAGCUAAAGUAAGGCGCUCAGCUUCCUAUGACACAGAAAGAAAAUCCAAAGAACCGAUUAAACAGAGUUUAGAAGUAACUGAAGCGAAAACAAUUGAGACUCCAGAUGAGAAGAAACAGGAAGUUCCUAACGAGAAUUUGCCACAGACUACUCUCCCGCCGCCACCACCAUCAACAGAACCUGUCAAAGAAGUAACACCUGAGAUAGAAAAACCUACUGAGGAGAAAAAAGAAGAAACGGAUGGCGAGAAAAAGGAGGAUAGUUCGAGUAGCACAUCUUCUUCAUCGUCGUCGUCAGAUUCCAGUUCGAGCGAAACAACAUCCGACAGCAGCAGCGACUCUACUACCGACAGCGACGCGUCCAAGUCCUCGAAUGACGCUAAACCAAUGACAGACGAUGAGAUCAUGAAGAUAGUGUCAGCCUGUCUAGACGCGCUGGAAGACUGCGCCAGCCGGUUCCCACCACAUUAUAAGGCCAUUUACAGACUCGCCCAUUAUCACUUUUAUUAUAAAAAGGGUAAAGAUAUCGAAAGAUGUCGAGAUCUCAUGUUAUCCAAUUUCACUUCAAGAUCUGGUCACAAAAUGGGAGGAUUAUUCAGUGAGAGGAAACCCUCUAACUUUUUCAAUAACAUAUGGAGAAUACCCAUUGCAGAGGUUGACAGGCCAGGCAGCUUCCCAUUGCACAUGAAUCGAUCUGUACUCCUCACAAUGGAGAUAUUGAAAGAAAUAGACGAUCAUAAAACACUUUUGGAACUGAGUAUCGUUUUACAGAAGAUACCAGAACUUGAUAAAAAGUAUGUACGCGACUCUGAUAGAGAGGACCUGUCUCAACAAGCAUUCUCACUGUGCGUACAAUCUUUGAAAGGACAACUGAUAAAAUUCAGCCAACAAGCCGAUUUGAAGAUCAACGAGGUGGAGCGGCAAGCACUCAACAGUUUCAUGUUGGAUAUUUACAGAGCUUAUUUAAAAGUCCAGAAACAACCGAAUGCUAAACAAUUCACGAACUUAAUAGUUGAGGGUUACAAGUUGCUCAGAAAUGAUCCCAUCCCUGAGAAUAUUAAUGCAGUUGAUUUAAGUUUGAAAUACUGUCAUAAGAUGCUUCACAAAAUUAAGAGUGACGCUAUGAUGGCUAGUGUGGAUAAAAGUCAGAAUGCUCAGAAGAAACAAGCUGCUAAGGCUGCUGUUGCCGAGACUUCAAAAGCUCCCGCUCCAAGCGUGCCAAGAGUUGAAAGUCAACCAAAGCCGGAGCAGAAAGCGCCUCCUGCUCCCCCUGCAACAUCCACUGCAAGCUCGAGUUUACCAAAAAUGUCGCCGCACGAAAUGGCCGCCGCGUUCCAGAGCUAUUUACCGAUGUUGAACGACCCUGUACUGUCGCAGCAGACGGCGGCCGCCUUGUCUUUGUCCUACUUGUCCAACAUGAGUGUUUUCAGCGCAUACCCGUCAUUACAGAACACGUUACAGAAUACUCUGCAGAACUCCUUCCAGGCUGAGUUCUACCGCCAGUUUUUAGGGCAGAGCUUCCCGUCCUUUAUGCCGCCUGCAAAGAAACAGAAACGUGGCCCGAAGCCGGGCUCCGUGCGGUCCACCAACCCACAGAUGAAGACGUCGAAGUCGUUCACUGCGCCUACAAUGCCUUCCACCAGUAAGGCUAUACCGACGCCCGUAAUAAGUUCUCUGCAGAAGUCUAACUCUACGCCCAUAACUCCCAGUAUGGGUUCAGUGCUGCAGAACUUGCCAGCCUCGAUGUCGGCCAACUUAUCUUCAUUUCCGACUCACUCUUCUUCACACUCGACUCACUCUUCGUCACACUCUACCCACUCUAUGCCGGCGCAGGCGCACAUGUCUACGGCGUCCACUGUGAACGCGGCCAUACACACGAAGCCCCCGAUGCCACACCAGCAAGUCAGUCCGGGGAAGACGCUGCAAGAGAAACUGGCGGAGCGUCAGAAGCAUCUCCCUAUUUCUAAGAACCAUGAGAUCAAUGCAUCCAUUAGUAAGCUGCCCUCCUCUCUCACGAUAACCAAGACCUCAGUACCUAAACCCGUGCCCAAGAAGCCGGAAGCUAAGAAACAGCUGCCGUUUACUGAGAGACCCAAACCUAUCACAACAGACGAGGUGAUUGUACUCGAUGAUGAUUAAAUUAUGAUUAUUUAUAUCUAAAGUUAAAAUAGAGUUUAAACUAUAUUAUCAAACUAUAGCCUUUUGAUUGAAUAAAUGAAAUACAAUCAGUGAAA